AUGAUUUGGACCUGCUUCGUAGUCAUGGCUAUGGGCGUACUGCUUGAGUUCGUCAGAUACGUACGCUGGCGCUUUGAGCUACAGUCUCGAAAAGACAUCCAGUUAUACACUAGUUAUCUGUCACGUCUUUUUUCCUUCUCACAUUUCCUUCAAACUAGUUGUUUCGCCGUACAGUUGGUGCUUAGUUAUCUGCUGAUGCUAAUAUUCAUGACUUUUUCCGUAUGGCUUGGAUUAUCCGUCUGUAUAGGAGCCGAGGCUCUCAGCAAGGAACAAAACAACAAAGGUUGGAAAAUGAUGAUGAAAAUGUACUUCCACUUUCGAAUGCAGGAGCCAAUAUUAUUUCGGGAAUGGAUGGCAACAAACAUGACAGGAUAUGUUUUUUCAUGCAUUGGUGUUGCUAUAAUAGCUAGUCUCUAUGAAGUGAUAAAAUUCCUAAGAUCUGGACUAGAAAGAAGAGUUAACAAACAAGAUUUAUGUGGUUGUGACUCGGAAACAGCCGCUUUGCAUGGAGAAAAAGUUGCCAUGGGGAUGCCAUGUGGUACAACACCAGAAAAUAGGAAAACCGAGUUACCCUUCCUGCCAUCAAACCUGAAGCGUGCAACACACAUUGCCUCGUCUUCCAUCUAUUUUGUACAAAUGUUCAUCGCCUACUCGUUGAUGAUGAUUUCGAUGACAUAUAACGUUCCAAUAUUUAUAAGUAUGAUUAUAGGUCACGUUCUUGCCUUCUUCUUGUUAGGACCGCUCAUUUCCGUUCAAGAAUAUGACAGACUAGGUGACUGCUGUGGCUAA